GUUGCCGCUCUCCUCCUCACACUGUCCUGCGCUCUGGUGGCUGUUAAACCGGACCACCACCACCUCCACCACUUCCACCUCCACCACCACCACCUCCACCACCGCUGCUGUUGUUAUCGGGCUACUAAACCUUUUUUCUCGGACGCUGGAUGACACUGAGAGACUUUCCCCUCUCCUCUCUCUGGAUGGAUACGCGCCGCUCUGGGAGCUGACAGCAGGAAUCCGGGAAGCUGGACAACUUCCUGCGCUGACAGGUCGGCCGUCUCGAGCGAGGUGUCACAAGCACGAGUUUGCUCUGGGAAAGUGAGUCUGAGAAGGUCGAGUUGUGAUAUUCGAGGUUUGCUCACCUGGAUCGAGACCAUGAGAGCUGAAGGUCCGAACAAUAAGAGUGAAGUGCAGGCGGGAAGUGAAAGAGGACGAAAACUGCAUCGCAAGUGAACGAUGGAGGGAGGUGUAUUGUUUGUGUGUCCUGUUGCAAAACCAUGUGUGUGUGUUUGUACAUGACAGGGAGAACAUGUGAGGGUGUGUGUGUGUGUGUGUGUGUGUGUGUGUUCUGACAGCCAGCAUGAAGUGUUGCACGGCUGCCUUGACCUAAUCUCCUCUGGCAGCAGAUCAGACGCUGCUGGGUUGCACCGGACAGCACAGAACAGGUUGAUAUAGGCCUCCAUUGUACACACACACACACACGCACACGCACACACACAUUCCUAAUUUUUAAUCACAAAUAAACCCUCUGAAUUCCAGCUGUGACGUGUGACCUCACACCUUCAGGUACAGUACACUGUACUUUAUGUAAUACACAACUUUUUUUGUAAUUAGAAAUGAAAGAACUUUCCAAAUUGCAAAUAAUCUCUUGAAUACAUGCAAGUCAGCACAGACAGAGCGAUGAAAGAAAGAAAGAAAGAACGAAAGAUAAAAAGAAAGAUUAAGAAAGAAAGAAAAGAAUUAAGAUUAAGAUUUUUUAAAAAACUGAGCCACAGGAUUGUGUAAAAAAUCUCAAGAUGACUCCUGAAUUACCUCUGAGACACUAAGUCUUCACAGCCACUUGUUUUUAAAGGAGUAGGUUUAAGUUGACUGGAGCAUGAAGAGUGACAGAGAUAACAGUCCUGCUCUGACGAUCGUAUGCUGGCAGUGUGACAGCUGUGAUGACGAUCCAUGUGCUCAGCAGUAAGUUGACACAUUAUUUUAAAGUCUGUUAUUUUUGAAUAGUUGGAUUGUGGCAGCACAGUGGGCUCAGGCAUGAUUCAUCAAUGUUGUGUUUAGAUCAGUCAAACAAACUUGGAUCAGGCACAAAAAGUCACAAAAACAGUUUGAAAUAUGAGUCGAUGGACACGAAUCCUGUCGAUUUUUAUUCAACCAGCUGCUGUAUGUGUUGGUGCACGGCUAACUAACUGUCCGUCAGUGGGACAGUCUGAAGGCCAUGGCAGAUAUAAAUCAUGCUGCCUUCAUGCCUGUACAUAAUACAGAUCGGACCGCCCCGGCCUACAGAGCUGCUCCAUUUUUAAACCAAAAUUAGGACGCGUCUGCAAGUUUUUGUAAACAAGGUCGUCUCUCUGGUGUGUCACAUUCAAAUGUGCUGAAAACAGGAAAUGGUAGCAGCAGUAUGGAGGCCGGGGAAAAUGACACAGUGGUUACUUUCUCUCUCUCUUUUUUUUUUUUUUACUUCAGUCUCUCAAACGCAGACUGAACGAUGUGUGAGACGACUUGAACGAAGAUGGAUGGAUAACUGUUAUCUUUGUGUUGGAAAAGGGGUGAAAGUGAGUGUGUACACCCCUGUUUCAUGUGUUCAUCACAAGGGGUGGAGCCAAUAAAUACCUGUGACUCCUGCAGAGUCAUCGAACACCUCUGGUGCCCUUUACUACAGUAAACCAGAAGUGUCAGUGGAUGCAAAGACGAGUGGCUCUUCAGUUAAAGAGGACAAAGCGGUGUGAUACUGUACUGCCGCACACUCUUGCAGGUGUGUGUAACAUGACUCACGCACAGGCUGAAUGUUUGACCUGACAGCUUACAGGAACCUCCCAGGAGGACAAACACACACAUAUCGUCACUCACAUCCACACGAACGCCAGCGGAGCGCUGCGUGUGCGGGGCCAUCGCACGCAAGCGCCACGCGAUAAACAUCUGUAACUGACAGAACAAACCACAUUUCUUGUAACAGUGUCGACAAAGAUAACAUGAGUGAUGUUUACUGCACGCUGGGAGACAAAACUCCCCCACGUCAGCCUGUGUUAAGUCAUGUUGCUUAGGUGGACGAGGACUGACAACGUGUCCUUGAGCAACACAUGACGCCCCAAAAACUUCCUACUGUAACCAGAAAGUUCACAGAGUCUGAUGUGAGCUCAGAGCCAGAAUCACACCCUGUCCUAAACACACACACACACACACACACUGAGGGCAGACUUUAAGUAGUGAUAAGGUUGAUUGACAGUGAUUUUGUCACUGGCAUGUGGCCCCCGCUGUUUUAUCUGAGGAGGAAGUGAGGUCACGCUGGGUGGCGCUCAGCAGCGACAGAUGUGAUCUCAGUCGUCGGGUAGAAAAGCGCUGUGACUGCAGGCUGGAGCAGAGACACGACACGUUGUUGGAAAGAUGCUCGGGAGUCCAGAGUAAAUGGACGGCCUGUCGGCUCCAGAGUGGUGAAGCUCUGUAAAGUCAUUCCUGUAUUUCAGUUGGAGCAUCCCGGAGGAGUUUUAUGUGUCAUCACGGCCUUGAGACACACCCACACACACACACCCACACACACUGAUGUUGAGCCUCUCCCUCUCACAGCGGACCUGGCAGACCUCUAAUCUCUAAAAGAUUGAUGAGGCCCUGUCCAGGCGCAGGAGGCCUGGCACAGCGUCGAUAAGGCAGCUUCCAUUUCACCACAUUUUAUCCCUCGCUCCUUCCUUUCUUCUCCUCCUUUCCCCCGUGCUGAGGGACGCGGGGGCUGGCUUUGAAGCGCGAGAGAGGAUUAUGACACAUCGAGCCCUCUGGGUGAGAAGGACGGUGGUUUAGAGAGGAACCAUGAAAUGCGCCCGAAAUGAUGGGUUGGACAGCCGUGUGGUAGCCGAGCAGGACGCCAGAGUCGGCAUGUCACUGUCAAACUGCUGGAGCUGGAAUAUAGUGAAACUACAGAGGGACACUCGGAGCUGAGAGUAGCUGAACACACACCUCUCUCUCUCUCACACACACACACACACACACACACACACACCCAGAGUGUUCCACACAGGACAAUGUGCAACAUCUCGUUCUGUAAUGUGGACAGUAAGGUGGACCUGUUCUUCCAGCCCACGCUCUACAUCAUAGUCAUUGUUCUGGGGCUGCCCACUAACUGCAUGGCCCUGUGGGCUGCCUACAUGCAGGUCCGUCAACGCAACGAGCUCGGCGUCUACCUGAUCAACCUGUCAGUAGCCGACCUCCUCUACAUCAUCACUCUUCCUCUUUGGAUCGACUACUUCCUCCACCACGAUAACUGGAUCCACGGUCAGGAGAGCUGCAAGCUGUUCGGCUUCAUCUUCUACACUAACAUCUACGUCAGCAUCGCCUUCCUCUGCUGUAUAUCACUGGACCGGUACCUGGCUGUGGCGUAUCCUCUGCGCUUCGCCAAGGUCCGACGAAUCAAAACAGCGGUCAUGGUCAGCGCCAUGGUGUGGAUCAUUGAGAUUAUUGCCAACUCUGCUCCGCUCUUCCACGAUGAGCUCUUCCAGGACCGGUUCAACCACACCUUCUGCUUUGAGAAGUAUCCCAUGCAGGACUGGGUAGCAGGGAUGAACCUCUACAGGACAUUUUUGGGGUUCCUCGCUCCAUGGACAGCCAUGCUUGUUGCCUACCGAGGGAUCCUGGCAGCAGUGCGCUGUAACGUCUCAACAGAGCGACAGGAGAAGGCCAAGAUUCAGCGGCUGGCGUUGAGUCUGAUCCUGAUCGUUUUGCUCUGCUUUGGACCGUACCACAUCCUCCUCCUGGUGCGGAGUGUCAUGUUUCUGAGGAAGCCAUGUGACUGCGGCUCGGAGGAGAGCUUGUUUGCAGCGUACCACGUAUCGCUGGCGCUGACCAGCCUCAACUGUGUCGCUGACCCCAUUUUGUACUGUUUCGUCAACGAGGGAGCUCGGCACGACGUCGGCCGAGCUCUCUCAGCUUUGCUGUCUGCAGCUUGCAACCGGGGCUCCUCAUCAUCACCAUCACAUGUGGACAUACUCAAUGCUGGUUCAGUGACUAUGGAAACACCACUGUCAGCUAAGAAGCAGCCUUGUGUCUACGCUGAUGGAAACAAGACCAGCAGCUACAAGACAGAACUGGUUGCUCUGAAGGAGGAGUGUCUGCAGAUGAGCAUCCUCAGUGUUAAGAAGUGACCCCUGCCUGGAGCAUACUGUACUGCUCAGCUCAGUGAACACUGGCUGACAGGUUGAAUUCAGAUGUAUUUAUGAGGCUGUAGAUGCCUGGAGGUGAUAGCUUCCACGAGAUGGCAAAUUAACGAGCCGUAAUGAGAAUGAGAUGGAAAACAAAUCGCCUGUAGCCAUGGCAGCAGCCUCUGAAGAUUAUCCAUCAGAAAAACAACACGGUUGGGUGAUUGAAAUAUAAAGACACUUUGCUUUUGUUAGAUCUUUACCACUACUGAGGCAAAAACAUGUACAGCUCGGCCCGUCUGCGGUGCCGGAGGACAGGUCAUCGUGUAAAUCAGAAAGGUUUAUUAUUUGUAAUUUGUCCGGUUUUGGACGAAUCCGACCGACAGCUCACCAGGCUCAGAUCUUCGUUGCUGAUACGGUUACACUCUCAGUACUUCAAGCUGUAGGUUGUCAGCAUCUGCACAGCUGCACCGCAUGCUGAUGUCGCCAUCAUGGAUCCCGGAGUGUAGCUGUAGCUGACAAGGGUUCGAUCAUUAAAGGUAUCAUGAAGUGUUGGCAAAGUCUGACCUGCUGGUGGCGCUGUAUACUAUCAGAGGGAUCAUCAAAGUCCUCAGGAUUCAGCCACACUAGACCAUGAAUGUCUGAACCAAACUCAAUGCAAAUCCAUCCAGUAGAUGGACCAAAGUGUCAGGCCGACUGAUCACAGACCAGCUGACAAUUAAGGAUAACAUGGAUAAUUUGGACAAUUUCCAACGGUUCCAGGAGUGAAAUGCCUACGAGGACAUUCUUGAAUAUUUAAAUUGAAUUAUUUAAAACAGACCACACUGCAUGGCUGCGUAUUGACUGUGACUCCUCUGAAUUCACACCCAACUGGACACGCCGGGUGGAUGUAGUAUGUUGGGGUUUGACAUCCAAAUGCACCACUUUGGACUGAGGAAGAGGAGGAGAGGGUUGAUAUGACGAUUGUAGAUUACUGGUCAAAAACAUUUUCAAUGCUUGUUCAAAAAGAAUUUUCUCGUUUUAUUAGUUUCUUGAAGGAGAUGAUGAAGCCUUAUGAAGUACCUCAGCUCGUAAACUGUGAUAGAUGUAGUCUUUUAUGUAAUGUGAGCAACGUUUUAUCUUCUUCUUUCAUUUUUACAGCAGACGGCAAAAUAACUCAGCGCAGAGACGAUGGGGAAAACAAUCCUAAACCAAAGCCUUACACUGCAUUCAGCUCGGCUUCGAAAGUCCAAUUCAUCAGUUCUUUCAACUACAUCGUUGAAGCACCGUGGAGCAGAAAUUCAGUGUCACAGUUCACUGAAACAGGUUAUUAGUUUGAGUUUAUGUGAGAGCAUGCUGUAGGUGCCAAUAAUAAUUAAAGAAUGUGGCCGUGCAUGCUAUAAAAUUUAGAUUUGUAUUCCUGAAAGUUUCUGAAGCUGUUUCCAGACAACCAUCGCUCACCUACACGCAGAAAGGCGUUUGGCGAAGGCUUCCCACAGCCGACCUGAUACUGUUUACAUUCAUAUUUCAGACAGAUGCCUUCUAACUUAAGAACACUGCUGUUUUCAUUUACGGUCGUAUUUUCUCUUCACACAACGCUGCACAACAAAGUUGUAAGAAUCUCUCGUGAUGCCUUGAUGUGAGCGACGCUGCUUCCUGCUGACAUCUGCCAAGUUUGUCCAAACGUAUCGCAAAACUUAAAAGCCAAAUCUCAAGAGAAUCGGCAAAAAGAAAAUGUAAAUGAAUGUUUUCCAUCCAAUACCAACAUGUGAUUAUUAGGAAGUUGUUCCUCAAGAUGAGCAGAAGUCAGAAGAACAUUAAACUAUUGCAGAAGAAGAAGAUGACAUUCAUUUAUCUCAAAAUCAGUGAUUACAAAUGUAAAGCAAGCAUGUCUCUCCUUUUGUAUAUGAACAUGUAAAUAUAUCCGAUCAUAAUCCACCAGUGCUGGAUUAGAUGCCAUAAGUUGCCAUGUGUUGACUCUUUUUUUAAAUCAUGAUGUCAAUGAGAUCGUCAGUAAAAAUGUUCAGGUGCUGCAUUUAUUCACCGUGAAUUGACAUGACAGAGACAUGAGAGGUCUUCCUUCACCCGUCAGCUUGUUCUUCUAGUAAAUCCAACACAAAGUGACAAAACACAGGUUUUCUUUUAGCAGUCAGAGCUGUAGGGAUCCCAAAACGUCACGGCAGCUUUUACAGCAGAGAGCUGAAGACAGUACAAAAGGAAAGUGCAGGUGUCUCUCUGUUAGCUGUCAGAGCAGAAACAUCUUCUCACAUUUAGUUUGUUCAGUUUGCUCUUUUGUGCAAUCCAAAAACUCAUUUUCUCAUUUUCUUUUACGGUGUCUGUGAAUCUGUGGUCGUAACAUUUCAACAGGUUGUCUGUGUGCAUCCAGACUGGCCUGCUGUAUGUGAGAUAUAUAUAACAAUGGCAUGAGAAGCUUACCUUGUGUGAAGUGUUCCGGCUCAAAUACGUAUUUUGCGACGGUGACUUCAUGACAGACGGCGAGUGUCCAUGUUGCAGUUCCACUGGCCAACAACAAUGUGUCAAGGAUGAUAAAUGUCUCAGUGAUCCCAGUGACACCAUUUGAAAAAAAAUAAAAAUAAAAAAAACUUUUCUCAGCAUGAAAUGAUGUUCAGUGCAAUGAUGAUGUUGAUGUUUGGACACUCUGAGCUCGCUGCUCCUCGUAGCUUCGCUUUGGUUGUGCAUCUUUGUGUCAGUGUGGGAGACGAGGUACCGGGCUUCAUAGUGUGUAUCUGUUCAUCCACAGUGUCAGUGAGAAAUAAAUUAUGCAUAUGAAACUUUG